AAACCACCACCACCAACAACAACAACAACAACAAAAGUCAAAUCAUCUGGUCCAUCAAUGAAAACAUCAUCAUCGAAUGCCAAUCAUAUUGCUGCUAAAUGUUUAUUAUGUUGUAAAGAUUUUGGUAUUAAAAUCACAUAUCCAACAUUAUUGAUCAAUGAACCACCAUCAUCCGAAGUGGAUAUGAAAUCUGAUUCCGAAAUGCUAACGGAUGUUAAUAAUACAAAUUCAUUAGAUCUAAAUGUACAUCGUGAUGAAGUAUUACGUCUUGUAUCGGAUCUUCAUGUAGUCAUGUUUGCCAAACAAUCGGAACAAGGAUUAUUAAGUCUGAAACAAAAAUUUCCAAAAAUUUUUGAAAAUUUUUGCCUCUAUUCUGAUGUUUGUCUACAAAUGGAACGUAAUGAUUAUAAAGCAACAGCUAGAAGAUUUUUACAUGAACUUUUUAUGGAAACCAAUGUUGAUCAGUUUUAUCAACAUGCUGAUGCUAUAAUGAAAAAAUAUGAACAUUUAAAACCGAUUGAAUUAUCAUCGUCAUCAUUAUUAUCAUCAUCAUCAUCAACAACAACAACAACAACAACAACAUGAACAAUCACACACACACACACACACAUCACGCAACGUAAUGCAAAUAUCAAACGCAAUCAAGAUUAAUUUAUUUCAAAAAUUUUAAUAGCAGAAUGAAAAAGAUCAAGAAAAAUCA